GGAAGAAUUUCGAUUACCGCGGCCCCGCGCGCACUUGUGGGGAGAUACCGGGGUGGUUUUAGCCGGAGUCCGGCACGCCCCUCCGCCUUUCCCUAGGCGGAGGUAGUCCAUGAGGAUUUCCCCCCGAAAUGUUAAAACUGUUAUUAAUCGUUGGUUCAUUUCUGCAUGGCACCAAUUCAGAUAUAUCAGACGUAACAUAAGAUGGGUCGGAGGUCGCCACUUGUUUAAGCUCUUCUCAAAGUGCAGUCACGUGUAGUACGCUUACACAAGCCGCCGCCAUUACAGUGCGCUGGCAAAACGGCGGGAAAAUAUUUCAUUGGAAUAUAAUAUAUUAAUACAAUUUUUUUUAAUUUUUAAUUCUUGUAUUCAUUUUGUCUGAAUUUUUAAUCUGACUCUGAAUCAGCGUUUUCAAAUUUCUAAGUUAUGAGGCUCAACGCUAUUUUUUUGUUCAUGGCAGUUGCGUCCUUGGGUCAAUGUCAACGGCACAGCCAGAUAAUUCGAGACGACAUUGACGGUCCGAACCCGGAUGGCUCUUACAAAUGGGCAAUCGAAACAGAUGAGGGAAUCUACCACGAGCAGCGAGGGUCGGUGCAAGAAGACACCGGAUUGGCUGUGAAGGGGCAGUAUCAAUACGUCGCUCCCGACGGGCAGGUGAUCAACGUACUGUACAGUGCUGACGAGAAUGGGUUUCAAGCGAGCGGCGCUCACCUGCCGACACCCCCACCAGUCCCGCCGGCCAUACAAAAAAUCAUUGACUACCUCAACAGCCAUCCGACAGAGCCGACUCGGAUAUAAAUAAAAAACGCGCCCCGCCGAAUCCGUGUGCGCGCAUUCGAGAACAUUCCUUCAUUUUUACGCGCUCUUUUCUCCGUCAGAUUAUUUUUCUUUAAUUUUUGGUUCCGACACGGUUUGUGCCAGCGUCAAGUAAUAACAUUUUUAUGAUUCGCCGUUUUAAUUAUUUACAGUUUAUGAAUAAUAAUAAAAACUAAGGAAACUAGUCGUGACAUAACGUAAAUCAUUAAAAACGAAUUAAAUUUACAAAUGAGAUGAUAUGUGAUUAAAUAUAAUCUCAUUAAAAUGGUGGUCAUUUAAUAAAUACUUUUCGGAGGAUUCCAAGAAGCUAAGUCCA